UCCUUAAUUAAAAGAUACUAGAUUUAAAAUGACAAUUUUCUAUUGGUUGGUGAACCUAAAGGUUCACCCUAGGGGGUGAACCCAAGAAUAACUCUUCAAUUAUUAGGUAUUUAUUAGUCUUUAGAACAAUUGCUAACAAAACCAAAUGUUGAAGAAAGAAAUUCUUCAACCAUUGGUAGAUUAAUUAAUUGUGUGAUCAAGAUCACAAAAAGAGUCUCCUGACCCCACAUCUGAACCUGAUUUCUCACAAAGCUGCUCCCAUGAGAACAGUAGAAAAAGAAGUUUAACUUGCUGUCUGAAUAUACUCAUGACUUCAAAGCUUGUUCUUGAAAUAAGACUAUACGCGCGAGUACAUUGGUCUCAUUUUUUUACUCAUUGCAUUCUCUUUCAGGACCAUGUUAGUUUUCUCUUAAUUGUGUAAGUACCAGUUUCAAAUAUCACUGCAUAUAUAAGAAUCCACAAAGUUGGAUAGUGUCAUCCUGGAUUUCAUGAAAUCAAAAAUUGGGUACAAAUGUGUAUAUGACUAAUAUAUAGUCUUCAGCACGAUAAGCAUCCUCUUCACAGAUACAGAAAAUAGGGAAUAAGUUAACUUUCUUUAUAUUUGUUGUGACGGAUGUGAGAAGGAACAGAUGCGGAAACAGAUGAAUAAACGCGAUGUAACUACGACACAUAUAUUUAACGUGGUUCACCCCUAGGGCUUCGUCCACGGGCAAAGAUAGAUCUUAUUAUUGGAGGCGAUAUUGAGCUUGCAAAGUGCAAGUUUAGGGUUACUUCGAAUACAAGAUAUAUAUAGUAGCAUCUCGCAUCUAAAACCCUAGACUAUACGGACUCAUGGGCCUAAGCUCACGAUCAGAUGUAACAUCCAUAAUAACUUGAUGCAACACUCUUGAUGCAACACUCGAUGCCUGUGUGGAGAACAAGAUUUAUCAAGUAGCAAGCCGUGUUAACUGCUUCAGCCCAAAACCGCUUCUCCAAACCAGCACUCGAGAACAUGCACAUCGCUCUCUCUAGCAUUGUCUGGUUUAUCAAUUUUGAACACCAUCCCGCUGUGGUGUUCCCCUGUUUGUAAGAUGCUUGGCAGAUGUUGCAUCCUUACAAAACUGUUUGAACUCUUCCGAGCAGAGUUCCAAACCAAUAUCAAAAUAAAGCAGAUCUUGCUUCGACAGAUGUUGCAUCCCACGAUCACCCAUAUGUCCAAGCCUCAUAUGCCAUAGCUUAGUCAUAUCUUCCUCUGGGAUCUCUGGCAUGCAACAUUUGUUGAACCGGUAACCGUUGUACCCUUCAGCAAAUACAGAGUACCGUUCAUGAAACCCUUCAGAAUCACAUCAGAACCUCUGUAUACAUUCAAAACUCCAUCACCACCCGAAUAUUCUUCGCCAUUGAUGGAACAUGCCUAACCUUGUUCAAUGUGCAAAAUCUACCAUCAUGUGUCCUGAGCUUGAUUGAGCCGAUCCCAGCAAUCUUACAGACAAAGUCAUUUGCCAUCUUAAUCUUGAUGUCAAGUACCUAUGUGUACUCUGAAAACCACUCUCUCCUCGGUGUCAUAUGGUAGGAUGCUCCUGUAUCAAGAACCCACACAUCAGAAGAGUGUGUGUUGUACACAACAAGAGCGAUGUCGUCGUCAGACUUGGUUUCAUCCUCGGCUACUGCAAUAGACCCAAACUGCUGCUCCUUCAUCUUGGGACAGUCUGACUUCCAAUGUCCCUUCUCUUUGCAAUAGUUGCAAAUAUCAGAUACGUUAGGACCCCUUGGUAUUGACUUCCUAUCUUUCGAAGUCCUUAUGUUCCCAUGUCCCUUCACACCACUGACAAACAACCCCGAUGCUUGAUUGUCUGUCUCUUAGCUGGAUGCCUUAUGGCGCAAUUCCCGACUAUGAAGCGCUGACCUAACUUCUUCCAGUUUCACUGUAUAUGUGCCAACAAUGAACGAUUGCACGAAGUUCUCGAAGGAGUCUGGCAGAGAUACCAACAGGAUUAGUGCCGCGUCUUCAUCCUCCACCUUAACAUCGAUGUUACGCAGCUCUAGUAAUAUCGAAUUCAGCUUGUCAAGAUGGUCGCGAAGCUCAAUACCUUUUUGCAUACGCAAUGCCAAGAGACGUUGCUUCAGAAGUAGCUUAUUCGUCAGAGAUUUUGUCAUGUAUAAACUCUCCAACUUCUGCCAUAAACUAGCAGCCGUUUUCUCAUCUGACACUUCGAUGAUAAUCUCGUCUGCUAGACACAACAAAAUUGUUGAGAACGCUUUCUCUUCCAGAGCCUCCAAAUCAGCUGCUUUAGAUUUCUUCCCUGACAAUGGUCCCCAGAUGCCUUGUUGCUUCAGCAACGCCUGCAUCUUGAUCUGCCAAAGACUGAAGCUAUUUCUCCUAUCAAACUUCUCGAUCUUCGCGUUUAUUCUAGACAUCUUCUCACCAGAUCACAAACCCCGAGCUCUGAUACCAGUUUGUUGUGACGGACGUGAGAAGGAACAUAAGCGGAAACAGAUGAAUAAAUGCGAUGUAGCUACGACACAUAUAUUUAACGUGGUUCACCCCUAGGGCUUCGUCCACGGGCAAAGAGAGAUCUUAUUAUUGGAGGCGAUAUUGAGCUUGCAAAGUGCAAGUGUAGGAUUACUUCGAAUACAAGAUAUAUAUAGUAGCAUCUCGCAUCUAAAACCCUAGACUAUACGGACUCAUGGACCUAAGCCCACGAUCAGAUGUAACAUCCAUAAUAACUUGAUGCAACGCUCUUGAUGAAACCGAGUCGGUAUGAUGUACGUGAUGUAACAUCCAUCGCCAAAAUGUAACAUCCAGAUUCAAGGCAUAUCAACAAUAUCAAACUUGGCUUUGAAAGUCAUAGUUUAGAUGUGUUGGUUAGGAACAUAUGAGAAGAAGCAAAUCAGUUUUCAUCUGACAUUGACAACCAUUUUAUUUUAUAUAUUUGAUGAAAAGAAUGGUUUAAAGUGACAUAACGUACCUUAAAAUCAAUUAUUUUAGUAUGAACCUAUUAGUGCCUUCCUUAUUUCUUUAAUAUUUACUGUACCUGCUUCCUCCAUUGAGAUUGUGGUGUGGUCCACUCUAUGAGAAACCCUAGACUGACAAGCAACUCAAAUGUCUCUCUGUCUAGUCUCUCUAGAAAAUAUUCAAGGUUUCUCCGCUGCUUAACCAUACUUUUUGAACUUGUAGGAUUUUUUUUCUUAUAAUGAUGAAAUUUACUGGCUUAUCACAGGUCUAUCUUGCUAGGGUUAGAUGGAAAUAGAGAAUACUAUACAAUUUAGGCACUUUUAGUGCGUGAAAGUACACAUUAUCACCUAGAUCAUGCUGCCUUGCAGUUGCAGAGUUACUGCAGGUUAUGAAAUUAACCUAAUGUCUUUUCAUACUCGGCAUAAUGAAAACACAUAUUUUUCGCAAAUCACUUUAUGAUAAAUAUAAAAUAUCAUAUGUUAUAUAGAGGACAACUGAACAGAUGAUAUACACAAUGGAAACCUUGACAAUUUGAUAAGCCUAUCGAGGAGUAUUUAUAGUUCGUAGAUGCAGUGAAGUUAUAACAGCCUUGAUCCUUAUAAUUAUUGUGAAAACGUUUCCUUAUUCAAUAUUUCUGUAUAGACUUAGAAUUUGUUUCUUGAGGACAAGUUAUUUUCUUGUUUUUGAGUCAAAAGAGGACAAUUUAUCUUUCAUUUUGAAAAAAUGGGGAAAAACCUAUCAACUACUUUAUGGAGAAGACACAGAAGAAAAAGACAAGAAAUGCCAUUUGGUCCAAUGCAGAGGCAGUGGGAGAAAAAGUCUUGUAGGUUUCAAAGAUGGUGAAGAUUUAGAUCAUUUCUGCACCAACCUCUCCGCUAACAAGCUCCUUCUAAUUUUCAACAAAAAAUGCGUGUCAACAUCAAGCCUGUCAACAUUAUCAAUCAACAGUAACGUCUCUUCUCACAGAUACAUAACUUAUCAUAUAUACUGAUAUGAUCUAUGUUGCUCCAGUUUCCAGUAUUUUGAGACUCUUUAAGACUUAUAGUAAGUUUCUCUGCAUCACUUAUCUCACUAUCAGAGACAAAUCUCUCAGUGCUAAUGGGUCAUGGCUUGAUACGAAGAAAAUACAACUAUAUAUAUAACACCAAAUACAUAAGUGUCAUGAGCAAUUAGAAACCUAUCUUUGCGUGCCAAAGGAGGUGUCUCUUCAGCCAUACUUGAGGUGACAUCUGUCGUUAGUGCUGACUUCUUUUUGUAACUUUUGUUUGUUUGUCAGCCUAUGAUUAAAUAAUGAUUUGAAUAGUUUAUAGCUCCCUUAGCUUGUUCUACUCCACCUAUAUACCCAAGCAAUGCGACUGCAUGCCAAUAUGCCUCAUGUUAUUAUGUCUGCAUGCACUCUUCACAAUAUAUAUUAAUUCGUGAAACACAUGACUCUAGACUAAAGAUCUCAAGAUUUUGAAUAGUGUCCCAGAAGAUGAUUGCUUGUACUAUAAGUUGUUAUGCGGUACGUAUACCAGAAUAAAGAAGAGACAAUGGAGUGUAAAGGGCGAUAGCGACAUGGGUUGUUUUUGUAUGCGAAUAAGAAAGAAGCACGUCGUGACUCGUGAGUGAGAGAGAGGGAAAGCUCAGCUAUAUAUAAUAGAAAUAUAAGAAGCAGUUAGUGGUUGUGAAGAAAGGAGGCAAUCGACCAAAUCUUUUUGACAGUUAAGAGGGUAAACAAGAAGAGAGGAGAGACCGUUGUUAGAUACAUAUCGUUCAUCAAACAUGGGAAGAUCUCCUCUCUCAGCUGAUGAAACCGGUCUCAAGAAAGGUCCAUGGUUGCCUGAAGAAGAUGGUAAACUCAUCAGUUAUAUCCAUAAACAUGGCCAUAGCAGCUGGAGUGCCCUUCCCAAACUCGCUGGUCUUAACAGGUGUGGGAAGAGUUGUAGGCUACGAUGGACAAACUAUUUGAGACCCGACAUUAAGCGAGGCAAAUUCUCACAAGAGGAAGAAGAGACCAUCUUGAACCUUCAUGCGGUUCUUGGAAACAAGUGGUCAAUGAUUGCAAGCCAUUUACCAGGAAGAACAGAUAACGAGAUCAAGAAUUUCUGGAACACUCAUUUGAAGAAAAAGCUGAUUCAGAUGGGUUUUGAUCCCAUGACUCAUCGCCCAAGAACCGAUGAUAUCUUCUCUAGCUUAUCUCAGCUCAUGUCUCUCUCUAACCUUAGAGGACUUGUUGAUCUCCAGCAACAGGUUCCGUUUGAAGAUCAACAAGCCUUACUGAAUCUCCAAGGUGAGAUGGCUAAUCUCCAGUUGCUAAACUACUUACUUCAAGCUCCUCAUCUUGCCAUGAGUAGUAGUAACAACAAUAACCCUAAUGAGUUGAACAUUCUCAAUCUCCUCAUCAAAGAAAACUACAAUACCAACAACCUCCCAUCUCUCAAAACCCUAGAGGAAAAUCUUUUCAGUCAAAACAAUUCUCCAAUAUGGUCCCAUGAACCACCUAGCUUGAACCAAACUAUGAUGCCUUCUCAUGAUCCUUCCCCUUUGGGUGAUGAUUUGGUUCUGAACCAGGCUUCCUCAAGCCAUGAGCAAGAAGUAGCAGCUACAGACUCUGUAGAUUGGCCUGAUCAUCUCUUUGAUGACUCCAUGUUUCCUUAGCAAUCCUGAGGUAUGUUUGUAUAUGUUUCCCAAAACAUGAUUGUUUAAUGUUUAAUUUGCAUGUGGAGGUUCUACAUCUGUACGUUACUUCAUGAUGUGUGCUAAUGUCUUAGAAUGUACAUGUGGUCUUGUUGUAUUAUAUAACUCAUACAUGUUGUUUAUAUUCUUCAUACGAACAUUCUAUAUGUAAACUUCACUGAUGUUUAAAAAAUCAAUCUUCGUCUA